AUGUUAAAUCCGGGUCAGGGAAGAGGACCCGAUUCAGGCGUCGUUGGUGGGUCUUCGAACUCCGACCCGUUUCCAGCGGGUCUUCGAGUUCUCGUGGUGGACGAUGACCCAACUUGUCUGAUGAUCUUGGAGAGGAUGCUCAGGACUUGUCUUUACAGAGUAACGAAAUGUAACAGAGCAGAGAUCGCAUUGUCUCUGCUACGAAAGAACAAGAACGGUUUCGAUAUUGUCAUCAGUGAUGUUCAUAUGCCUGACAUGGACGGAUUCAAACUCCUCGAACACGUUGGUCUAGAGAUGGAUCUACCUGUUAUCAUGAUGUCAGCGGAUGAUUCAAAGAGCGUUGUGUUGAAAGGAGUGACACACGGUGCAGUGGACUACCUAAUCAAACCUGUACGCAUCGAGGCGCUUAAGAAUAUAUGGCAGCAUGUGGUGAGGAAGAAGCGUUACAACGAGUGGAACGUGUCUGAGCAUUCCGGGAGUGUUGAAGAGAGUGGUGGAGGAGGAGGAGAGAGGCAGCAGCAGAGGGAUGAUGGUGAUAACAACUCUUCUUCAGCUAAUAACGAAGGGAGCUUGAGGGGGUCGAGGAAGAGGAAAGAAGAGGAAGUAGACGAGCAAGGAGAUGAUAGAGAGGACACAUCUAGUUUGAAGAAACCACGUGUUGUUUGGUCUGUUGAGUUGCAUCAACAGUUUGUCGCUGCUGUGAAUCAACUCGGCGUUGAUAAAGCGGUUCCUAAGAAGAUCUUGGAGAUGAUGAAUGUACCAGGACUAACGAGAGAGAACGUAGCUAGUCACCUUCAGAAGUAUAGGAUAUAUCUAAGACGGCUUGGAGGUGUGUCUCAGCACCAAGGGAACAUGAACCAUUCGUUUAUGACAGGUCAAGAUCCAAGUUUCGGUCCUCUUUCUAGUUUGAAUGGGUUUGAUCUUCAAGCUCUAGCUGCUGCUGGUCAGCUCCCAGCUCAGAGCCUCGCACAGCUUCAAGCAGCUGGUCUUGGUCGGCCUCCUUCACUCACUAAACCAGGGAUGGUUGUUUCUCCUCUUGUGGAUCAGAGAAGCAUCUUCAGCUUCGAAAACCCGAAAAUAAGACAUGGGCAGAUGAUGAAUAAUGGUGGUAAUAAGCAGAUUAACUUGCUUCACGGUGUUCCAACGGGAAUGGAACCGAGACAAUUUGCAGGUGGUGGUGGUCACAUGCGCGUGCAGCAGCAGCAACAACAAAUAGCUAAUGUUCGUGUUGGUGGACAGAAUGUUCAGAGCAGUGGAAUGAUGAUGCCUGUAGGAGGAGGGACAGCAAUGCUACCGUCGUCUCUAGGACAGCAACAACAAGUGAUGUUGUCAAGUAAUGUUCCAAGGAGAAGCGAUCUCACUGAGAUUAGCAGUAGAGUGUUACCAGCUACUACACACUCGGUCUUUAAUAACUUCCCCUCGGAGCUGCCUAGAAACAGCUUCCCGUUGGCAAGUGCACCGGGGAUAUCAGUUUCUUACCAAGAAGAAGUCAACAGCUCAGACGCAAAAGCUGCUACUGUGACUAGUAACGCAGCGUUUGGUAACCAGAGCUAUAACAUAUACAACGAUUAUCCGCAGCAAAACAACAAUAGACUUAAUGAUUGGGAUCUACAGAAUAUCGGUAUGGUUUUUAACUCUCAUCAGGACACAACAGCAGCAGCUGCUUUCUCAUCUUCGGAAGCCUACUCUUCGUCUUCCACUCAGAGAAAAAGGCGGGAAGUAGAGUUACCGGUUGUGGCUGGUAAUGUGCAUAACCACCAGCAACAGCAGCAACAGCAACAACAGCAGAUACCAAGCCGGAGUCUGAGUCACAUGAACCAGAUUUACAUGAAUGGUGGUGGUUCGGUUAGAGUGAAGUCAGAGAGAGUGGCGGAGACAGUGACAUGUCCUCCAGCAACAACAGUGUUUCAGGAGCAGUAUAAUGAAGAAGAUCUCAUGAGCGCACUUCUCAAACAGGAAGGAGUUCCAUUGGUUGAUAAUGAGUUCGACUUUGACGGAUACUCCAUUGAUAAUAUUCCUGUCUGACCUCACCACACAUAUACUCACUCUUAAGAGUAGACUGCAAGAUUCUUUGUUUUUCAUCAUGGUAACAAGAAAGCUCCAACAAAGGGCGAUAAGUCUGAGCGGAUCAUCAUCAUGUAUUGUAUCUUUAGAUAGAAAUUCAAAAGCAGAAUAAAAUACUUUUACUUUCUUUUCUUCUUGUUAUUACUAGGAGUAAUGUGACUUUUGCUGCACAUUGUUUUUGUAUUUUUUUUUUGUCUUACACAAAGACUGAGACAUGUAGGGGGUUCUUGAUCGUCUAAUGUUUCCUUCUUUUUUCUUCUUCCUAGUCUUUAAGAACAUUUGUGUAAAUAUGUUUCUACGUGUUGUUGCUACAUCAUAGUAAUAAAAAGAAACGGUAUUGAUCCGAC